UUGUUAAUUUAAAAUUGUUUUCCAUUAAAUUUUUAUGAAAGUAGAGAAAAAUUAAUCAUGCUAUGUGGCAGCAAAAUCAACAUGGAUUUACUUUUUAUGAAAAUGAACUAUUUCUUCGCAUGGGGCGCCUACGCACCUGUUGUACCGUUUUUUACCACAAUUGGAAAACAACGAGGUUAUUCCGCAUUUGCGAUGGGAAUCACUUUGACUGGUAUGCAGAUACCCAGUGUUGUUGUACGGCCUGUGAUAGGGAUCGUCACGGACCGCUACCAAUGCCGAAAAUCAAUAUUUCUCAUUGGAGAGGUGCUUUUAGCAAUAGCAGUUCUCGGAUUGAUAUUCAUACCUGGUGCAACGGCGCCAGAGAGUAUCGCUGAUGAGAUCGUAUUUGAGACUUCGCUGUACUGGGUGUUCUUUUUUUUACUGUUUUUCUUUUACCUCGGAUCUACAAUGCGGUCGCUGAUGGAGGACACGAUCUGCGUCAGUCUACUCGGAGACAAUGUACACGAAUACGGACACCAAGUAGUUUGGGGAGCAAUUGGUUUUGGUAUAAGUUCUAUGGUUUCUGGCGUGGUCGUCGACUGGUUUAGCAAAGGACGAGAUCAUAACGACUUUAGACCCGGAUUCGUGAUAACAAUAGUAUGCGUAGCCUUCGAUAUUUACGUUUCGGCUAAAAUCAAGGUUAAACAAGUUGAAAAAACAGAAAACUUUAAUGGCGAUAUGAAAAGAGUUUUAACUGAUUUUAGAGUAAUCGUAUUUAUAAUUGCAACCAUCUCGUUCGGUUUCUUUUAUACCUUUAUUCAGUAUUUUCUCUUCUGGUAUUUUGAAGACAUAACCAAUUUAUAUCAUCCUGAAUAUGAACCCUAUAUAAAAACUAUUCAAGGGUUUUCUCAGACUAUACAAUGUUUUUUAGGGGAAGUGCCGUUCUUUUUUAUUUCAAGUUAUAUAAUCAAAAAGUUGGGUCAUAUGAACGUGUUUUCAUUGGGGUUCGUGUUUUUUGCAAUCAGAUUUGGUCUUUAUUCGAUUAUUAAAAAUCCGGUGGUUGCUUUGAGCGUUGAAUUACUUCAUGGAAUCACUUUUGCAUUACCGUAUUCUGCCGGAGUCGCGUAUACCGCUAAAUUGGCUCCAGUUGGUGCAGAAGGGAUGAUGCAAGGAUUUUAUGGAAUGGCAAUGAAGGGCAUAGGUAUUCCGAUGGGAAAUUUUGUUGGAGGUUAUAUAAUCAAGAAUCUAGGAAUCAUCGAUGCUUUUAGAAUAUUCAGUAUAGGUUCGCUUACGGUUUGUAUCGUUGUAUCAAUAACGAAUCUUAUUGUAAACCGGAUGUACAAAUCCGAAAAUAAUGUUGUCCAGACUAGUUAAGAUCAUUCGAUACGUACCUAUUGUUAUAUGGUCAUAAUUAAAUCACA